CUCAGUGUAAAGACCUCUUCUACGUCCUGUUUGCAGGCAAACUUGAAGGAGAGGAUCUCCUCUCCUGCAGCUCUCCUGAAACCCAAAGGUUCCCAGAGCCUCUCUUGGCAAUGGCUAUGGUGUGUCUUUCAGACUUCGAAGCUUAUGCUAAAAAGUAUUUACCCAAGAUUGCUUGGGAUUUUUUUGCAGCUGGAGCAGAUGACUGUAGCACCCGAGAUGAAAACAUCCUGGCAUAUAAAAGAAUUCGUUUCCGGCCACGUAUGCUGCGGGACGUAUCCGUGAUGGACAUUAGGACUAAGCUCCUGGGGACUGAAAUCAGCUUUCCUGUAGGAAUCGCCCCUACCGGCUUCCACCAGCUGGCAUGGCCUGAUGGAGAGAAAAGCACAGCCAGAGCGGCCAAAGCGAUGAACACCUGUUACAUUGCCAGCACGUACUCCACCUGCACGCUGGAGGAGAUCUCUGCGGCUGCCCCCGGCAGCCUCCAGUGGUUCCAGCUCUACAUCCACCGCAACAGGGCGGUUUCCCAGCAGCUGGUCCAACGGGCGGAGGCCUUGGGUUUCCAGGGCCUCGUCCUCACCGCCGAUCUGCCCUACACGGGCAAAAGACGCGAUGAUGUCCGCAAUGGUUUCCGCCUUCCUCCCCACAUGAAACUGAAGAACUUGGAAGGAGCCUUUGAGGGAGAUGACCGUUCUGAGUACGGACUGCCCCCCAACAGCUUGGAUCCUUCGGUCACCUGGAAUGAUAUCUACUGGUUGCGGAGCCUGACCCACCUGCCCAUCAUCAUCAAAGGCAUCUUGACGAAAGAAGAUGCAGAGCUGGCAGUGAGACAUGGAGUUCAGGGAAUUAUUGUGUCCAAUCAUGGUGGAAGGCAACUGGAUGGAGGACCUGCCACGAUUGAUGCCCUGGUUGAGGUCGUGGAGGCAGUACAAGGCAGAGUCGAAGUUUAUUUAGAUGGUGGAAUACGAAAAGGAAGUGAUGUAUUAAAAGCACUGGCACUAGGAGCAAAAUGCGUCUUUAUUGGAAGACCAGCUUUAUGGGGUCUGGCUUACAAGGGUGAAGAAGGUCUUCAAGAGGUUUUGAGGAUUUUGCAGGAUGAAUUUCGCUUGUCGAUGGCCUUAGCUGGCUGUGCCAGCGUCUCAGAGAUUGGCCGACACCUAGUUCAGUUUUCAAAGCUGUGAACAGCCUCCUGCAAGCCCACCUGAACAGCGGCAGCUCAUGCUGAGGUCCCAACCAGACUGAAGAGAGAAAAAGGAGAUGCAAACGUUGAAUGUGCAAGAAGUAUCUGAUAAGGCCUUCAGGAAACUUCUGAGGAGAUUAGGAAAGGCUCUGCGUUAGCAAAGGCUGUUCUCUGCUUUUAUUGAGACCAAUGAGUUCUUUAACACUUUGGGUAAUUGUUGCUUGCUUAAAUACAUUUACUUUAAAGUGGC